AUGCUGGUCGUUGCCAUGGAGAGGCAAUUUACAUCGCCACAAUUGGCAACAUCGAACGCAGGUACGGACAGUCCCGGUUUCACUGGAUCAGCGCCGUCUGCAUCAGUAGCGAAACGAAACGGCCGCAAGGGUUCGCGAAAGGUCCGGACUGGGUGCAUCACUUGCAAGAUCCGCCGUGUCAAAUGCGAUGAGGUCAAGCCGGCCUGCGAGCGCUGCACCAAGACUGGUCGGGGGUGUGACGGUUAUGCGAUAACCACUCCCAGCGUAACCAGGGCUCAAUCGCAGUCCUCCCCACUACCGAGCGGAGCCAGCAUUGCCAGGACCAUGAGUCCAUUCGCAGCAUGGGAUGCCAACGACCAACGCGCGUUCCACUACUAUCGCAACUGUUCUGCCACGUCACUGUUCACGCAGGCUACUUCAACUUUCUGGGCUCGUAUCGUGCCAGCUCUGUGCUUCGAGGAACCGGCCGUACGUUACGCUGUGCUUGUCAUCAGUAACCUUCACCAGAGUGCCUAUGGCGGCAAUGGUCGUACACCCAAGAACCUCAAAGGCUGCGAUGCCGUCUGCACGCCGUUUGCAGCCGGACAAUAUGGCAAGGCUUUGAGGUCACUGCAACAGUGGCGGACGCCGAGCGCCCCCGGCAUGAGGGGAACGGCUUCUGUUACCGUACCAUUGCUCACAUGUCUGCUCUUCAUUUGCAUCGAAUUUAUGCUCGGCGAUAUGAGCGCCGCCAUGGUGCACAUUAUCCAGGGACGGGCCAUACUAGCCAAGCUGGCGGAGGAUCCACACGAAGCACAAGGGCCCGCGGCGGACCUGAUCCGGAGAGAGCUCGUUCCUGUGUACACCCGGCUCAGCGUCGCUUCUUUCGUUUUCGGGGCCAAGCCUGUACCGAUCCCAACCGAGUUGAGGCCACAGCGGCCAGCAAACAUUGUGUUUGACCGUCUUGAGGAUGCCGAGCUCAGCCUGCAUGAGAUCAUCGAUGACGGUCUUCGGUUUGCCAAGGAUGCCAAAGCGUGGGUAUUCACUGCUGAUCCGACAAGCCUAAGCUGGGCCGCAGAAAUCAAAGCGUGGUGGGCACGCAGCGCCGACUUGACAAGACGAUCAGAUCAGUGGCAGGUGGCGUUUGCCGUCUUGAUAGCUGCGCGGGGCGGAGGCUCAACAGACGCUGCAAGAAUGUGCCGCCUCUAUUACCUGACCUUGACAGUGUAUCUCGAGCUGGAGGAGACGAGGGCCCUCACCAUACUGGGCAAGGACGUGCCAGAGCCGCCGGACAGCAGACAUGCGAAGGCAUACAUCCCGGCCAGGGACAAGAUUCAAAACUUCCUGAAGAACAUACCUGGGAAUCGACCGCCGAGUAUCCCUCACGAGGAGGCAGAGUGGAUCUUCGAGGCCGAAGCGGCCGGUCCAGUUCCUGAAGGGGAUGUGGUGGAUGUACUGGGACUACCGGAUAACGAUGAUGCGAGGAGUUCGCCGUUCCAUAUUCCCGAAGCGGCACGUGUCAUGAAUGCCGACAUUAGUCCUAGAGUGAGCGGGGGCUCCUGGGUCACAUUCUGGGUCGUGCCGCAGAUGGAAGGUGAGCUGCGCUGGGAUGUGAUUCGAGAGUUUGUUGCGAGGGGAACACAAGAGUCGCCAAUCUUGAACCGAGUGUGA